CUGGGCUUGGAAUAACUUGUCCAAAAUGUCCAACAUCCAACUUUAUGUGAAGCUGUGAAGAAAUGGUACAAAAAUAUUAUGAAAAGUUUAAUUUUUAUUGAUUUGAACUAGUUUUGCAUAUUAUUAGCUUAAUCCAGUAUUAAUUGAAGUAUUCCUUAUCUGUAAUCAAUCGAAACCAGCUUUGUAAACUGAGGAAGAAGAAGGCAGACUUCAAAUGUUAGGAACAAGCAAAUGACUUCAUAACCACAACAUCUCUGGAAUAUUUUUCGACCGCAAAUGACAGAAAAUGGCCAGCGAAGACCAGCCUCAUCUUGUUCAGGCUCUCUACUCCUUCAAGGGACGCAAUAAUGAUGAAUUGUGCUUCAAAAAAGGCGACAUCAUAACGGUGACACAAACCGAGGAGGGGGGCUGGUGGGAGGGGACGUUUGGAGAAAAGACCGCCUGGUUUCCUUCCAACUAUGUCAAGGAGUACAAACCAAACAGUGACAGUCUCAGUCUGUCGAAGAGUCAGUCGACCGACUGGGCCGCCAAGCAGAAGGCCUACCGCAGUUUUGUGCUCAAGGAUCUCAUCGAAUCGGAGAAGGCACAUGUCAACGAACUGCAGGGCCUCUAUCACAACUUCCUGCUUCCAAUUGAAAAGGCUGAAAUGUGA